AUGGGAGGACGACACAGCAAGAGGUCUAUGGACGUGACAACGACACCCAAAAAAGAUGGAAUCCCCGCAGAGGGUGAUGCACCUGCUGUAGGUGAUGGAAAAUUGGAGAGGAUCGAGGAAGCCGAUGCCAACACUAAACCCACCACUAACGGCGUUGCGCCACAUACAGACGCUCCCGAGGACAAAGAUAAUGUUAACGAGAAGGAGUCUACUACAGAAAAGGAAAAAGAAAAGGAUGAUGACGAUAAGAAAACUGCUGAUGAAUCGAAGCCAGAAACUCCAGCCACGGAAUCACCAGUGGAAGGUGAACAAGUAACGACACCUACUGAAGAGACACCCGCGAGUCCUAAAGAAAUAACAUCUCCAGACACUAAAGAGGCUAAGAAGAAGGACAAGACAAAGAAGAAGUGGUCAUUCAGAUCGAUAAGCUUCAGUAAGAAGGACAAGAGCAAACCAGUACGUGAAGACUCACCGAAAAACGGUGACGUUAGCAAAGAAGAACCACUUGCAGAGGUAUUUACUAUUUUGUUUAAUUUAAACAGUUAUACUCCAACUUUGAAUAUUGUAUGUUGUAUACAAUAA